AUGGCCGAUUCCGAUGGCGAGUUUGUCGCCGACAACAUGUCGGACGACCUCAUGGACCACACCAUCGAAGACGAGGAUGACGAUUACGACCACCAUGCCCCGGCGGGCGGGCGACCCUCACGAUCUGGCGGCGCAUCCGGCGGUGGACGACCGAAGCGCAGCAAAAAGGACAGCGGCGGCAGCCGCAAGAAGAAGAAGAAUGCGGCGCAGGCGUGGGAGAAAUCAAAGCGGACAUGGGAGACGGACCUGCCCGAGGAGGGCGAGGACGGGACGCUGGACCUGACGACGCUCGAGGCGGAGAAGAGGCGGCGGCUGCGGCGCGACACGACGCCGCUACAGCGCGGCAUCAUCCGGCACCUGAUGCUGGUGCUCGACAUGUCGUUUGCCAUGGCGGACAAGGACAUGCUGCCCACACGGCACCGUCUGACGCUGCGCUACGCGGCCGCGUUUGUGCGCGAGUUUUUCGAGCAGAAUCCCAUCUCCCAGCUGGGCAUAGUCGGCAUGCGCGACGGCGUGGCGGUGCGAAUCAGUGACCUAGGCGGCAAUCCGGCUGAGCAUCUCGAGCGGCUCAAGGCUCUCGAGGGCCAGGAUCCGCAGGGGAACCCUAGCUUACAGAACGCGCUGGAAAUGUGCCGUGGCGCGCUCUUCCAUGCACCGUCGCACGGCACCAGAGAGGUCCUCAUCAUCUACGGCGCGCUCCUGUCCAGCGAUCCCGGCGACAUUCACGACACCAUGACGAAUCUUAUCAGCGACCGAAUCCGUGUUUCCAUCGUCGGGCUGUCGGCGCACCUCUCCAUCUGCGCGGAGCUGUGCUCGCGUACCAACGCGGGCGACACAUCGCAGUAUAACGUCGCCAUGGACGAGGUGCACUUUCGGGAGCUGUUCCUGGCCGCCACCACACCGCCCAUCACGCGCACACAGGAGCAGAGCACGGCCAGCCUUCUGAUGAUGGGCUUCCCCUCGCGGGUGCUCGCGCCCGGCGGCGCUGUGAGCUACUGCGCCUGCCACAACAAGCCCUGCCGCGAGGGCUUCCUAUGCACGCGCUGUGGCAGCCGCGUCUGCCGCCUUCCGGCUGAGUGCCCCGCGUGCGGCCUGACGCUCAUUCUCUCGACUCACCUGGCGCGCUCCUACCAUCACCUCUUUCCGCUGCGCAACUGGGUCGAGGUGCCGUGGGCCAACGCCGCGCAGUCCGCGGCGUGCUUUGCCUGCCAGUGCCCCUUUUCUGCGCCGCCGCGGACGGUUGAGGGGGGCGUCAACGGAGAGAAGCAUGCUGACACGCAGGAGACUGGGCGCCGGCUGGCGGCCAAGGGUGUCAGUGAGAGCGGCCGGUACGCGUGCGAGGUGUGCGGGAAUCACUUUUGCAUCGACUGCGACGUGUACGCGCACGAGGUUAUACAUAAUUGUCCCGGAUGCCAGAGUAACGUGCAGCUGCCGCAGGAGAAUGGUGCCCAAACGAAUGGGCAUGAUACGAGCAAUGGACACACCAACGGCGCCAUGGUCAUUGAUCCGUAA